CCCACCCUCCCAACCUCCUCCUUCCCCCCACCAACCCCCCCACCCUGUUCCACCACCACCACACUCCCUCCUACUACUCCUCCUCCUCCCACCCUUGCUCCCUCCCUCGAUUCUCCGCGCGUCCGCUGUGCUCAAGGCGAGAGUUGAACCGACUUGACUCGGGAGUUGGGAAGGCAAGAGAGUAGAGGAGAGAGAGGGGGGGGGUGGGGCGUUGUUGUUGUUGUUGCAGCAGCGAGACUUGGAAGUGCGUCGUAGUGCUUACGACAACAACAACAACACCAUCACCUGCACUAUCACCUGCACCGCAACAACAGCUCCAGCCGAACACAAACGGCGACGAACGCAGCGACCGACCAUGGCUUCGGCGGCCACGUCACGCCGACAGUCGUGCUAUCUGUGCGACCUUCCCCGCAUGCCGUGGGCCAUCAUAUGGGACUUCUCGGAGCCCGUGUGCCGCGGCUGCGUGAACUACGAGGGCGGAGACCGCAUCGAGUUGGUUAUCGAGGCGACGCGGACCAUGAAGCGAUCCCACGGCUUCCAGGAUCACCGGCGGUCGCCGGGACCCAUCGCUCAGCAUUCGGGACCCAAAAUCGCCAAAGAGCUGUCGGUCACUUCAGCGGGACUUGCGUCCAGCCACGUGGAUUGUAGAGGUGGCAGCUUGCAGCAGCAGCAUCAUCAGCAGCACCAGCAACACCAACAACACCAGCAGCAGCAGCAUCAGCACCAGCAGCACCAGCAGCAGCAGCAUCAGCAGCAGCAGCAACACGAGAGGUACGCGCGCAUGCUCGAGUACCAGCCCGUGUCGCUGAGCCGCAUGCAGCAGGCGAACGGUUUGGCCGCGGCUGUCGUGGGAGUCAACGGACUGGGUCACGGUUCGCACGGCUCUUCCCACGGCGGUAGCAGCAGCAGCAACAACGGCGGCGGCGGUAAGGCGUCGAACAACGAAGAUCCACCCGAGCUGAACCGACAAAGUCCCACUCCGCCGCGCAGGGCAGUGUCCAUCGCUGCCGUAGCCGCCGCCGCCGCGGCCGCCGCCGCCGCAGCCGGGCAGCCACCGAACCUGUUGCCCCACGGGCUCAUGAACGGCCCCGGGGGCACGCAGCUUGCCGUGCACCCGUUGCUGGCUGGUGGCGGUGGUGGCGCGGUGCCCGUCAACAAGCGCGUGUCGGUGGAGCACGAGCACAAGGGCUUGCCCCCCGAGAUGGUGGGUGGAGGAGACGGGAUGCACGCGCGCGGAGGGCACCGCGUGGAGGAUCCGUGGGUCAUGGCGAGCGGGGUCGGGAAGCCCAAGACGGUGCGCGAGACGCUCAUCUCGCUCAACGGGGGCUUCGAGAGCAGGUUGCGGAAGGAACACUCGCUCCUCGGCAGAGUCUUUCCCUUCGACGGAGGUGCUAAGCAAGGUGGCCGCGGGGUGCGCAAGCGCAAGGCCUCUCCAGAGCCCGACUGCGACCCCGGCGGGCCCCACUCGGGGAUCUCCUCCGGCAUCCCCUCUUCGGCGGCUGCGGGGGUGGCGUCGUCGGCGGGGGGCGUCGGCGGACCGACCAAAUUGGAGGGGGCCGCGUCGGACGACGGCGGCGGCGGCCCGCCGGGGCCCCUCGCUCACGGCUCGCGGCCCCCCCCCGUCCCGUGGAUCCCGGCGUGCGAGGCCCUGAAGCUGACGCUCGGCUCCAAUGCAUUCCCCGGCUCGUCGUCCACCGCCGCCGCGUUGCAGCAGCAGCAGCAGCAAGCGUCGAGCAGCGGCGGCGGCGUCGCGGCCGCCGCGUCGUCGUCCGCGUCGUCGUCCGAUGGGAACCGCACCACGCCACCCGACUCGGUCGCCUCGUCCAACGGGACCAACGGCGCCGCCUCCUCCUCCACUGCCACUUCCUCCGCCUCCUCCUCGUCGUCAACGGCCGCCGCGUUGGCGACACUCAUGUCGUCGUCGUCGGCGUCGUCGGCGGCGUCGGCGGCGGUGGCAGCGGUGGCGGCCGACUCGAUGCAGGACGAGCCGUCGCCCGGCAAAGACGGCGGCUCCGACGCCGUGCACUCCACCACCACCACCACGGCGGCGGCGUCGGCGGCGGGUGGCGCCGUGCGGGGGGCGGGCAGCCCCGGCUCUCCCGGCAGCAGCGGCAGCGGCAAGAGGCUGGCCGGCGCGGGCGAGCAAAGCGGCGGCGGCGGCGCCAACAACGCCAACGGAUCGGCGCAGGGCAGCAACGGUGGCGGCAGCAACGGGGUGAACAACAACGGCGUGGCUACCGGGAGCGGCGGGGCGGGGGGCCCGGACUCUGCGUCGGCGGGUGCCGGUGGUGCGGGGGGCCCCCUGUGCUGCACAAACUGCCACCAGCGGCUGGAGGACACGCACUUCGUGCAGUGCCCGUCGGUGGCGGCGCACAAGUUCUGCUUCCCGUGCUCGCGCGACAGCAUCAAGAAGCAGGGCACGAGCAGCGGCGAGGUGUACUGCCCCAGCGGGGAGAAGUGCCCGCUGGUGGGCUCCAACGUGCCCUGGGCCUUCAUGCAGGGGGAGAUCGCCACCAUCCUGGCCGGCGAGAUGACCGUCAAGAAAGAGAGGGACACCUGAUGGUCGGGGGAUCGUAGGAUGGGAUCGUCGGAUGGGAUGGGAUCAUCGGAUGUGUUGGAGGAUUGGCGUGGAUCGUGGUGGCGGAAGUCGUGGGGGCAAGUGUCGGUUGUGACCGGAGCGAUGGAUUUGCGUGGUUGCGAUUGCGCGCGUGGUUGGGAUUGCGCGCGUGGUUGAGAUCGCGUGGUUGCGAUUGCGUGCGUGAUUGAGUGAUUGGGAUUGCACGGUUGGGAUAGUGUGGAUGGUCUGUGUGCUUGAGAUGGCAUGGUUGCGAUUGCAAGGUUGGGAUUGUGUGGUUAAGAUGGCAUGGUUGGGGUCACGUGAUUGGGAUUGCGUGAUUCGGAUUGCACUGUUGGGAUCGCGUGGUUCAGAUUGCACGGUUGAGAUUGAUGGCAAUCCGAUUGCCUGCCGGUUGUGGGCAGUGGCGCACCCAGUUGGAACGAUAUUCACCGAGAGCAACACCCAGAGGCAGCAAGUAACCGAGGCGGAAACAACGUGUUUGCUGCCGUCACCGAGCUCAGGCCCAAAAGCGUCGAGCGGCCAGCAACAAUCAUCACGAGCAUCGACCCCCCCCCCCCCCCCUUGUGGAACAGCGCUACGGGACUCACGAAACGUCCGUCGCUCGAACGCUUUUGUUCCACGCGUAGCUCAGUGUGGCGGGCACCGCCGCCGGAGGGCCUCCGGCGGUGGAGCGAGCGAGCGGCCGGUGCUAUCGGGGAGGUCGCCGGUUCACACGUCCCCUCCCCACCCCUCCCUUUUCCGCGGUGGGCUUGGGGUGGGGUGGGUGGAGGGUAGUCGAUAAAAACGAGCACCACUUUUUUCGGGAACUUCAACGGCGGCGGUUGUCCUGUCGGAGAGACUCUCGCCCCCCGGUUCAGGGCCGCCCCCCGGUUCAGGGCCGCAAACGGGAGAUGACUUCAGACCACGCGCCACCUUCAAUAUGGAAACCAGGGAGUGAAUCUUAAAAAUGGGUCUGCGACGUACCACGUUUGGGGGGCGGCGGCCAAUUUCCGCUUUGCCCACCCUCGCCCCCCCACCCCACCCCUCCCUUGAGUCUUGUUCUUCGUCCGGAAUUUUUCCGUUCCGGUUGGAGUGGAACUCAGUAGGCGGCAGAUGAGGAGGAUGAUGAAUAGGAUGAUGAGGAGGAGGAGGAUGGAAGACGUUUUCGUUGGCUUUUAAACGGCACACCACGACCCCGAGUGAACGACGGCAAUGGUGGCGAUGGCUCGUCGGGGGGUGACAGGGUCGAGUCUGCUCCUGCUCCUCCAUCAUCAUCGCCGCCGCCGCCGGCUUUCUGCGGCGUGGCUCAUAUGACCACGGCAGUUCUUGGGAGACGACGACGAUGGCCGGCCGUGCCAUUGAAGACAACGAUUCACAACCGCAACCCCCUAACUGCACCGUCCGCAGGAACGUGGAAUUUACGCAAAACACGCAACUUGAGCCGAGGGAUGGCCACCCCGCGCGGGAGACGGAGCGACGGGACCGGCCCGUGAGCGCCGGUGGAUCCGUUCCAUCGCGGGAGAUCACACCGUCAGCCUGAGAGGCGGAGGUCUUCAUCCAGCAGUGGACUGACCAUGGCUGCGUGAUGAUGAUGAUGAUGAGCGAUAGAUACGCAAAAUUUCAUUCGUCGGGUGUGAAACCGGCUCGCAACAACAACAAAAAAACCACACGGACGCCCGUCGUUGUUGUCGCUUGUUGUUGUUGUUGUGGCCCCGAAAAACUUGACGACGCCCACAGCUGCCAAACGGAGAGAGAGAGAGAGACUCUCCAGCUGAAGUGCGGAGAUAAGGUUCGACUCCCGGCCGGCGAGCAAACACCGGCCAGAGCAGAAACCCACGCGACCACGAACGAGCGGGCGGGCGGGAAGGGGUGGGGGGGGGCACGUGUACAUUUUUCCAAGCGGUCACGACGUCGUGCGCGUGUACAUAAGGUGCGAGAGUGGCGUCAACACGAGAGUGGGAGCGCGCACGCACCCGCCGUGCACCCACGCGCACACUCGCACGCGUGCUCACGUGAACGUUCCGUACACAUCGUACACUACACGCGCGCGCACGCACGCGCGCGCAAGCACACACGGACAAAAGGAAACUUGGGUCUGGUUUUAAAAAAAAACUUGUUCUGAUUUGUGUUGCUGUUUAUAUUUUUGUGUGGGGGGGGGGGGUAGGCGGGAGGCAGGGGGGGUGGGUGGGGGGGGCAGGGGGGAUUUUUGAUUUUAUUAUUUUUGUUUGGGGGGGUGGGUGGGGGGGUCUGAACAGAGGGACGGGGCGAGCUGUGGGUUGAGUUGGAAGCAACGCGGGAAUGUGGUUCGGAUUUAAUUACUCAUUUUUUAUUGAAGUCAACAUGGGGGGGGGGGGGGGGGAGUCUGUGGGUCAGGGGUUGGAGGUUCACGUUGGGAUUGCCCUGAAUGAUGGAGGAAGGUAGGCGGUGGGCGAGGUGCGGGUAUUGCUGUGUCCGUGCGUGUCUGCGCGUGCCCACGAGUGUCUACGUUGGCGCACCUCUGUCUCUCCGUGUUUGUGCGUCUGCGCUCCGUUGUGUCCGCGUCGCAUCUACCGGCGCAAGUUCGACCUGUCAACGCGAGCCCUGCGUGCCGUGUCUGCGUGCCGCGUCUGCGUGCCGUGUCUGCGUUCGCGUCGACCGGUGGCGCGGUGUUUACCGCAUUGGUGCCACAAACCCAGCCACCCGAGUUCGAUUCCCGCUCACAGUCAACACCGGUGAUGAGUACUGUAUAUGCAUUCGUUUUGAGCCCCCCCCCAGGUCGACUCAGCCUUAAAUAAAUAUCUGGCACAGUGAGUAAACAUCGGUGACACACAAAGGCGGCCUGGCGUGGUGCUGGCCACACCAUCCGUUCGUGUGACGUGCUGGCCCGCAAAGGUUCUCGCUAAGAGCUCUUGCCCCAACAGACUGGUGAAGGGCUAUACGGGGGACCUUUGUUUUAUCGCUGCCCACGUGUCUAUCUGGAGUGUCGAUGAGUGUGGGUCCCCAUUCACGUGCAUGUGUCUGCGUUCGUGUGUCUGCGUCUACGUUCACGUGUCCGAGCGCGGGUGAGCGUGGGUGAGCGUGAGCGAGUGUGCGAGCGAGUCUCUUGCUCCCCGCACUCAUCAUCCGUUAGUCGCCCCUCCUGACUAGGCUUGCGAGUGACCACGCGGCUCGCAUUCGUCUGUGACCACGUGAGCUCGGCAUUCGUUCGCGACCACGUGGCUCCCUUUCGUUCGCAACCACGUGAGCUCGCCUUCCUUUGCGACCACGUGGUUCGCAUUCGUUCGCCUCCAUAGCCGUGCGUUGCACCGCUGGCGUGCAUGGCAGGCGGUUCGUAUAAAUCAUAACAAUAACAACGGAUAAUAAUAAUAAAAACAUGUAAAAACAUUA